AUGCGGCAUCUGACUUCUCUGUUUGAAGCGAUCCUUCAGUUUGGGCACGCGAACCCGCUCCAGCCGGCAUCAACCACGGCCGAUCUCCGCCUCAACCACAUCCAAGUCAUUGGCACUCAUAAUAGCUAUCAUCGAGAGGUCUCGAUAUCUGCACGACCAAUCUUUGAGCUUCUAGUCCCGUCCCCGCAAAGCUUCUAUUACAGCCAUGCCUCGCUCUCCGAUCAAUUGAAUUACCAGUCGGUCCGGAGUCUCGAGCUCGAUGUCUAUGCCGACUAUUAUUCUCCGGGCCAAUUCGCCAAUCCGCUUAUAGACCGCCUUGCGCAGCUGCCCGGGCCGCCGCAGACAUGGCAGGAGCAUAUGCAUGCGCCGGGAGCUAAGGUCCUGCAUGUGAGCGACAUUGAUGUUCGCAGCGUCUGCCCAACUCUAAAGGUGUGCCUCUCGGAGCUGCGGAAGUGGUCUGACGAGCACCCCGCCCACGUGCCCGUCAUCAUCGACGUCGAGUACAAAACCGUGGAUGAGCGUCUUCGGGCCGUCGGUGGCGCGCCGGGCGAACCGUGGAACGCCACGAGUCUGGGUCUUCUGGACGACGAAAUUCGCGCAGUGCUGGGCAACGACAAGAUCAUUACGCCGGACGAUGUGCGUCUUCGAGGCCGCGAUAAGACCGACAAAAGCCUCACUCUCGAGGACGCAGUGCUGCAGUAUGGCUGGCCAACGCUCGAGGAGAGCAGGGGCAAGUUCCUCUUCGUCAUGGAUAACAACCCCACGGACACCAAUGCUAUCCGCGACUCGUACCGUGCCAACGGUCAUACGAGUCUUGAAGGCCGUGUAGUAUUCACGAAUUCCUUACCUGGCGAGGCGGACGCCGCUUUCAUCAAGCGGAACGACCCUUCUGGUGACAACCUCGCGGAGAUCCAGGAGCUGGUGCGGAAGGGUUACCUGAUUCGCACGCGUGCGGACGAGCCCAUCAACUCCGUUCUCAUGGGCGAUGACGCUGCGAAGGCCCGGCUGAAUAGAGCUCUUGAGACGGGUGCCCAGGUCGUGAGUACCGACUGGCCGGGUGUUGGAAUGGCUAGCAGGUAUGGUAGCAAUUAUGUUGCGAAGUUGCCCACAGAUGGUGUUGUCAGGUGCAAUCCAGUUAACGCUCCUGGUAACUGUAACAAUAUCGAUUUGGAGGAUUAUGUGAGUGCAAGUGGAUGGGACGGGUUGACAAGGCAGAGUGUUUAA